ACCACUUGCAAAUGGUAUCUAAUUAGUGAACUAACCAAUUGCAAAUGGUAUCUACUUUGUAGAUAUACCGGAUUACCGAUCAAGUCUUCGAGUAUACGAGAGGUUAAAAAAAUGCCACAGAUUUCCAAUUAAGUCUUAAUAAUUAAUUAAGAACAUUUCUUUAGGGAAAAAGAAACCAAAGGUUUUGAAUGCCAACCGGCCGGUCCUUGUCAUCGUAUGUUUGGCGCCGGCCUUACAUAUAACUUCUCUGCUUGGCUUCCAUUGGACAAUAUAUAUAUCCAAGCUACGCAGAUUAGUUGACUGUCAAAUACAGAGCUAGAGAUCCAUAAUCCAUGGCGGCUGCCGGCGUGAGCAGGGAGGAGCGUUGGAGCCUGGCCGGCACAACGGCGCUCGUCACCGGGGGCAGCAAAGGGAUCGGGCAUGCGAUCGUGGAGGAGCUUGCCGGGUUCGGAGCACGUGUGCACACGUGCUCCCGGAACGCGGCGGAGCUCGAGGAGCGCCGCCGGGCGUGGGAGGAGAAGGGGCUUCAGGUCACCGUCUCCGUUUGCGACGUCUCCUCGCGCGACGACAGGGAGAAGCUCAUGGAGACGGUGAAGCAUACCUUCGUCGGCAAGCUGGACAUACUGGUGAACAACGCAGGGCAAUUACUUUUCAAGCCAGCCGUGAAGUGGUUACCUGAGGAGUACUCACAUCUCAUGGCGACUAACUUGGAAUCGUGUUUCCACCUCUGCCAGCUCGCGCACCCUCUCCUCCUUCGUUCGUCCAAGAUAGGAGGGGCCAGCAUAGUCAAUAUCUCAUCCAUUGGUGGCUCUAUUAGUUACGUAAAUUCCGCCCUUUAUGCUGUCACAAAAGGAGGAACGAACCAGCUUACAAGGAGCCUAGCCACCGAGUGGGCCCAUGACAAGAUUCGUGUGAAUGCCAUCGCGCCAGGCUUCAUCACCAGCGACAUGACAAAUAGUUUAGAGUUGGAGAUCCUAGAGGAGGAGAACUCCAAGACCCCGAUGCGGCGGAUUGGCGAGCCGGUGGAGGUCGCUGCGGCUGUGUCAUUCCUUUGUAUGCCAGCGGCCUCCUACAUUACCGGCCAGGUCAUUUCUGUCGAUGGUGGACGCACCAUUAGUGCUUAACUGAUGCUAUUUACCAUGCACACAUGUGGAAUGUACAUCUGGGAAAAUAAAUAUCGGCAACAUCCCAAAAAUGUAGUGGAAACUGGGUACUGCAAUUUAAGCCACCGAUCACAAGAGGUCUUCUCGAAAGUACAAUAUAUAAGAUCCAGCUUCCUUGAUCCUUAUCACUCGGAUCAUGGUCAUCGCCACCGGUAGAGGUAGUUUCUGUUUUAUUAUGCGUUGUAACUUGGCCUCCACCCUCCUCAUCAUCGAUCAACAUUUGUUCGAAGAAAUAGUCUGUCAGUCUGUCUCCAUCACUGAAAACUUAUGGCACUACAGCACAUGUACAAGAAGAACAGAUUAGGAGGCAAUUAAGACUCUUCGAGGCAGUUAUGUAUUAGGUGGAGAGAACUGUUUACUCAUGUACUUGCAUGGCAGAUGAAAUUUCACUGUCAAGUUGAAAUAAUCUACUAUACAAUUCUAAA